CGCUAAAAUCAGUGUUUAUGUAUGUUUGUUCUUGGUAAUUGUUAUCAAUUUACUAGUUUUUUAACAUAAGUACAUGUUACUUAAUUAAACCAAAUAAUAAUUCAAGUAUAUUAAUUUAAAAACAAGCUAUACAAUCAGCAAGACUUUUAUAUUUAUUCAAAAUUGUAGCAUUUAACCUUGACUCACAUUAGGAAAAGAGACAGUGCAAGAUGAACAUCAAAGAGACGAUUAUUGAGACUAGUCAAGGCGGUAUAAAAAUUGUUCAAUAUAACAAACCUAAGAAGAAGAAUGCCAUUGACGGAGUGAUGUACCGACGAGUAAUGAGUAUACUGAAUGAUGCUGCCACAGAUGACUCUAUAUCUGUAAUGGUUCUCACUGGAACAGGAGACUUUUAUAGCAGUGGAAAUGACUUUUCAGCUCCUACAGACCCUAAUGAUGACACGGGCAAACACUUGAAGGUUCUUAAAGAUUACAUCAAAGCAUUUAUAAUGUUCCCAAAAAUACUGGUUGCUAUUGUAAACGGGCCGGCUAUUGGCAUUGCAGCUACAACAUUAGCACUUUGUGACUUGGUGUUUGCUUCUGAAAAUUCAUAUUUCUACACUCCUUUCACUAAGUUGGGAAUUGUGGCUGAAGGUUGUUCCACAUUUACUUUUCCUCGAAUUCUAGGAGAUAAAAAGGCAAUGGAAAUGUUACUCUGCAACUACAAGAUGCCUGCAAGUGAAGCACUAGAGUAUGGGUUUAUAAACUGUGUUUAUAAGCCAGAGGAGCUUCAAAGCAAAGUUUGGGAUAAAAUAGCUGAAGUGUCAAAGCUCCCAAAGUACAGUGUAACAGCCACUAAGAAGCUGUUGAGGGAUACAGUCAGGGAAGAACUGCUACAAGCCAAUGAAAAGGAAAUUGAAGAACUCAAUAUUAUUUGGGCUAGAGGGUAUAGAAGCAAACUAUGAGUUACAGUAACUAAUUAUGAACAAGGAACUGAAUAUUAUUUGGGCUAAAGGGUACAGAAGCAAACUAUGAGUAUUACAGUAAAUAAUUAUGAACAAGGAUUCAAUGAGAUUAGUUGGUGAACUUCAAUAUGAUUCUUUGUACUGAAUAAUUGUAAGAACUAAAGUACUUAUGUAUUUUUUGUGCAAUAUGUUGUAUUGUCAUAAUAAUAAUGAUUUCCAUUACAAUGCAUUUAUUAACUGUCUGUCAGACAAAAAACUAUGAAAUAUAUAAUAUAAUUAUAUUUGUAUUUAAUUCA